AUGAAUGGCGAUGAUGAUGAUGAUGAUGAUGAUAAUGUUCACGAUAGCAUCGGCAGUAGUGCAACAUUACCAAAUGCCAAUAAAAAUGACAAAAGUAGGAAUUCUCUACUCUGUUUUAAAAGAAAGAAGUCACCAUACAAGACUAAAGGUACCACGCCUAGUGACAGUAAAAUUAAGAAACCUACACUUUCAACAAAGCCUUCCAGUGAAGCUACACUUUCAAAAGAUACAACCCCUAUAAAACAUCAAGCUAAAACGUCAAGAAAUUCGCCAAUAUCUUUCACAAACAUUACUGAAAUAUCUCUGUCUAAAAAAGAAGACGAAGUAAACAGGAAGUCAUUCAAGGAUGAAGACCAUGGCGUCACUGGAACUACAAUACAACACAGAGAUAUCGAAUCACAUGAACCUGUGAAAACUGAAGUUGAAGAGGUUGAAAAGUUAUCACUGGAAGAGUAUGUUCUACUUCAGGAGAAUUUCGACUAUUAUAACAGAAAUUCAGACCAAAGACAAGAAGAGCAGCUGGAACAACCACAACCACCACCACCUCAACAGCAACCACAACAGAUGAGUUCGGAUGAUCAAGAACUCAUCAAAAGUAAAGAUGUACCAUUUGACGGAAACCUGUGCAAAAUGCAAUCAUCACAAGAUGAUGAUAUAAGCAAAUCACCCUAUUUGCCUGUUCUAACUGACCAAAAUGAAAAUCUACAAAAUUAUCCAACAUCAGUAGGUACUGAACAGUUUGCGAUACAAAAAUAUCCCCUUGAAUGUUGUGAAUGCUGUCGAAAUCAUCAUCUUUCUAUUACAUAUUGUUCUCCAUCCUUAUUACCAGAUGACUCUGAUGCAGUGCUGAAAGAAGAAAAUAUCAUCCCGGGUACUUUAAAUUUAAGAAUAGUCCAGUCAAUUGAUAAUACUGAACAUGCACUUGCAGAGAAUAAAAUUUCCUUGAAUACAUUAUUUCAACCAGAUGUUGAAAUACUGGAUGAAUUAGAUCCAGUGAAUGCGGUGUAA